UAAAAAUCCAUCAAAAAGGAUUAUAGUGUGAACAUUCAUCUGUUGGUCACAAUGUCGAUGAUGUUCCCAUCAUUCCAACUGCUAGAGCUGAACAUAAUCUCAGCUCAGGACUUGGCUCCUGUCUCCCGAAAAAUGAAGACAUACGCGGUCGCAUGGGUUCACUCCGAACGUAAACUCACCACACGCGUUGACUACAACGCCGGAACAAACCCAACAUGGAACGACAAAUUCGUAUUCAGAGUCGACGAAGAGUUUCUCUACGCCGACACUUCCGCCGUAGUCAUCGAAAUCUACGCAUUGCAUUGGUUCCGAGACGUUCACGUAGGCACGGUCCGUGUCCUCAUCAGCAACCUCAUCCCACCUAGUCGUCGUCCAGGGUACAGAACCAGCAACAACGAGUACCAUCGCACACCACCUCAGGGAAUGAGAUUCGUUGCGCUUCAGGUUCGUCGUGCCUCGGGACGUCCUCAGGGGAUAUUAAACAUUGGUGUUGGAGUGCUUGAUGGUUCCAUGAGAAGCAUGCCGCUUUACACGCAUAUGGAUUCCUCUGCUGUGGGGUACAGAGAUCUUCUCGGUGAAGAGGAUCGUCAUCUACAGCAUUUGCAUUUGAACAGUAACAAAGGAAGCUCCAAGAAUCCACAAUCUCCGUCUUCGAGACAGUUUCAAUCUGUUGUCUCAAGACCAGAGCUCCGUCGUACAAAGAGUGAUACAAGCUCAAUGGUUGUCUCUGAUCUUCUAAGCAGAGUUGAACGUAGUCGGCUAGCUAAACAGCCGAUAAGCGCAUUAGUAAGCAGUGAAGAAUUUGAAACUGAACCAACCACUACGGAUACUGAUGCCACGGAGAUAAAAGAGAAUGGACCUACUAAAAUCAUGAGGCAAAUAUACAAACCAGAUCCAGCACCAAGGGAGAGUCAUGACGUGUCAUACCAUCAUUCGUCACGUAAAACACCUAGAAGAGUUACAAUGAACGAGAAACAUAGACCGAUUAAGGCUCGAGCUUCACCGUACUUGUCAAGACAUGGAACGCCGUUGAGAUCUAACAUCGUCGCAUCUUCUCCUAUGCGACGUAACGAAGUUAGGUCAACACCGAUGAGAUCUAAAAUUAUCGCCAUGUCUCCCAUGCAUCCCAACAUGACUUCCAUGCAGACUCCGUUGCGUUCCAACAUGACACCCAUGCAGACUCCGUUGCGCUCCAACAUGACGCCCAUGCAGACUCCUAUGCGUUCCAACAUGACGCCCAUGCAGACUCCUAUGCGUUCCCACAUGACUCCCAUGCAGACUCCGAUGCGUUCCAACGUGCUUAAAUCGACUCCAAUGAGACCAAACUACAUGUCUACACCGAUGAGGACAUCGAACUUAGCUGGGAGGAGAAUCUUAACCGAUUCGGAGUUAGGUCCAUCACCAUCAGAAAUCGCUGAGCAACUAGCUAAAAAUAGGUCUCACGCUAACGACACGGAAAGCUCUAUACUCAGCGAGUGGAGCAUCGACGAAACUAGCGUCGAAGGACUACGUUCGAAACUCGAGAGGUGGCGUACGGAGCUGCCACCAUUGUAUGAUAUAGGAUCAAGCCAAGUAAGCAGCACUGAAUACGACGGCUCGACAAUCGUCCCAGCUGGGGGAAGAAGUUCAAGAAGGAAAACUCCAGCGGUGAAGAAGCAUAGUCGUAGGCAUACAGAGGGAGGUAAUGGUCUUUUCUCGUGUUUUAGUAAGAUUUGCGGCGUGGAAUGCAGUUUUGCAUGCGGUGGUGGUGGUGGCGGCUCGGUGGAUCAUGAUGAGUCGAGGAAAGGCGGGGAUGGCCGCGUGCAUCGCACGUACUCUGCUGAUGAUUUGAGCUCUUUGUGAUAUUUACAUAUUCAAAUAUUUUUUGGUCUCCCAUUAUAUUAUUUUACUUUUUGGAGGGGGGGGGGGGGGGGGGGGGGGUGACUAUUGGUGAUGAAAACGAUUUAUUUAAUUUUAUUGCUAUUGUUGAUAAAUCAUUCAACAUAACAUUAAUUAAUCGUGAUAAAGUAGAAGAAUGUGUGAGAGUAUUUGUGUUUUAGACGAUGGUGUCUCAUUUGUUUCUAUAGAAAAGAAUUAAACACAAGUCAACAGGCCAAUCUCAGUAGUGAUUUUAGUUUCCAUUAGAGCAUGAGAUUAGUGUCCUCCAUUGGUAAUAAUUCUGAUUAAAGGUGUAAUUUUCCCAAAAACAAUUUGCGCCUGCAAAAGUUUCUCAAUGGAUCAUCAAACAUCAUGAUGAUGAAUAUCUCAUCACCACGUUUUAUACUAAUGCAUAGUGUUCCCAUCAAUUUCCUUUUUAUAUUGCUCGACAAGAAUCAUGUUCUCAAGGAAAAAAUAAACUUAAAACUAUGUUUUUCCCUUUACUACGUUAAAUAUAUAAUUUAUUUAUUGUUAACUGAAAUACAAUUUUGUCUGUGUAAACUCUUUAAAAAUUGAGACUUUUGGGGCGCUAUGAAAUGAACUGUCUCAUCAUCCAAAGCAGAUAUUAUAAUCCAUAAGCAUCUUUAGAUUCUUGAUAAGUAGCCUUUACUAAAACAUGAUGUAAUAAAACAAUGACUUCUCAUCCGAAUUCCGAAAGCAUUACAAUAUUCUAGUACAAGACAUAUAUACAAGUGGGAGAAGGAAAAGAAGAAAAAUGAUGUAACAAAAAGCAAAACCUUAGCUGAUAUUAUAAACAAAUAUGUCAUGCACACACACAAACAACUGUAAAACAAGUUUCUUGGGACUGUCUUUCUCUAGUUGCUUGAACCCAACUAUAACGCAACGAGAGCACGACAGGUUUGAUGAUGUCGGAAACUAAACUUUUCAGAAAUUUUAAAUAUCAAAAAAACAAAAAGAGAAGACUUUGGCAUUGUGGUAUGGCCAUUA